UUCAUUUUAAUUUUUCUGGGAUAUCGAUAUAUAUUUAGAGUUGGCGUAGCAAAUCGUUAGAAAUUUACAAGACUAAUAAAAUUAUAAAAAAGUAUCCAAAAAAUUUUCAAAUAUGUGGGCGUGGCAGUUUUAUGCGCUAUGGUUCUUGAGAUCUCGACGUUCAUUGGGACAGGAAAAAUCUUCGCUUCGCGCAGCCAUCGUGCAGCAGCGCCACCGCCUAGACCCCAAGAUUAGACUGUGGAAGCCACAAAGUAAUCUGUUAGUUGACGCGAAGGCUCUAACUUUUUACGCGGGCAGAAAGAGAGGAAAGAACCGAGUCGACCAGUCUAGUGGAGCGCCGUACCCAUCGAGUAACCGAAGAAGAGAAGCAGCCGCAGCGGGACCGCAGCCGCCGAUAAAUCGAGACCCUGGGAUGUGUAUUUAAAUUAAUUGCCAGAAAAAUGUAUAAUUAAAAGAGAACCCCAAAGUGAGGUUGAAAGCGCGGGAAAAAUUAGCGGGGUAGGAGUCAAAAAUACAAAAAAAGAAGUUCUUGAUAAAGUGAACAAAUAAAAAUCUGAAAUAUAUAUAUAAAAAAAAAGCUUGAACUCUGUCUGA